CGCUACCUUGUCAAUAUAAUAGAUAAUCUGACGGGACUCCCUACAAAAAACACGUCACUUCGACAGUUAUGGCUAGCAGGGAUUCAGUUUUUGUCAGAAUUUACUUUUCCUAUUAGGUUUAGAACGCAUGCAGCAAAUUAGGAGAAUAAAUGUGGCAGAUUAGGAUAAUUAGGUUUCGGAUUAGCUAAAAUGUGAAAACCCACUUUGAAUACAGCUACGACUGGAAAUGACUUUUCGUAGCAGGUUAGGGAAGUAUUUUCGCUAACUUAAACCUAAUUCGCAUAGCAUGCUACGUUACUUAUCCUAACCUGCUGUGUAAAUGCUCAUAACCUACUAGGUUAAAGUCACUUCCGGAAGUGCCAUGUUUUUUUAAGGAAUCUCGAUGGUGUACACAUACAGCUACAGACAUAAAUUACUUUUUCGUAGCAGGUUAGGAGAACUUCCGUACCAUGUUUGGAUAAUUAGGCUCGCGAAAAUGCUCUUCUAACCUGCUACAAAAUGUCCCUUCCGGUCGUAGCGAUAGACAAAAGUGGGUCAUGUCUAGAAGGGAUCCAGCUUUUGUCAAAUUUACUUCAAACGUAUAUUUUUUUUGUGGCAUUUUACCUAAUCUUAACCUGCCACAAUUAUUAUCAUAACCUGCUACGUAUGUUCUCCUAAGUGAAUGAACGUAGCAGUUGAGGAAAAUUAGGUUAGGGAAAGGGUUAGCUAAAAUUCUAUCAUAACCUGCUACAAAAAGUAACUUCCGUCCAUAGCUGCAUUCUAUCUAGUAACAACUGCAAACUCCGCUUUCGUUGCAGUACGAUGGUGAAACGAGCACACCUGAGUAACGUGUACAUUUUUGUUUCCCAAUCACGCGAAUGAGGAGGGGACUAAUUCGGAUGACACAUGAAAAUGUAACAACAAACGGGAAAAAAAAAACUUCUGGACCAUGCUAGCAAAGAUACUGUUCUGUGACGCUAAUAUAUGCUAAUACUAGCUAGCAUGAUGAGACCAAAGAGAACCUGUUGUGUCGGUGUAUGUCGUGCUUGUGGGGAAAACAUUUCCAAUAGAAUAUACGUGCACAAUCUCUUCAGUCAGUUCGAAGGUCAAUGUUUGAAACCAUUUGACUACACCACAGCAUUGGAGGACCUCACUGGACCAAUUUCUCAGGACGAUGCCUUACCACAGAUCAUUUGCGAAACGUGUCGUAAACUUCUUAAAAGGUACUACAAAAGCUUUUGCGAUGUGGAGAAAAUUGGCAGUAUAUUUCGAGAAAGUGCUCAGAAGCAGAGGGAGAGUCACUCUCUUGCAUGGCGAACUCGGGACUCCCAACAAGGUGAGAUUAGUAUCACCCCCUUUCCCCACGAGAGAAUGACAGACGCGUGUAAGGUUACCCCGCGAGAUUUGACCGUAAAGUUAGUAGUUGUGCCAAAGAGCGAGAACACAGGCGAAGAAGCCACGCCACAUCCCCACAACGAUAACAUCAAACCUGAGCCUGCAGAAAUCUCAGUAUACCUGGAAGAAGAUAUGGAGCAGGAUCCACAGUCUGGCGAUGAUGAUGCUGCUUCUUCGAAGCUAAGCCAGGUGAGUGUGCCAACAAAAUACAUCCUUACUGGACCCAUGGAGAAACUUGUGGAUAACAUGUUGAAUGGACAAUUCUUCAGCGCAGCAAAGGCAAUAAUGGAAAUUCCUGAUUUGGCUUCCCUUGUCACUAAAGAGGUUUUGAAUCAAGUCGUCAAAGAAUGCAAAGAGCUCACUAGCGUUCCAUUCAACUCCAUACUAAGACAGACCAGUCCAUCCUCUUUGGAAGCCUUCAGAUGGGACACUGUUUUUACUGAAUGGAAGACAACUGCACCCACGUUCCUUGGGUUUCUGGAGUCCGCGAGCACAUCUACAUGGGUUUCUGCCCUGACCAAAGAACGUACACAGAGAAAGAACUUCGCCAUAGGCAUGGCUGGAGCCACUCUUCUCAAGGUACGUUGCGGCAGGAUGAGUGCACCCAUGUAUCGGAACUCGCUUAUCAUGCACCAGGCUCAGAAGAAAAAGUGCUUCAAUAGGUUUGCCAGACUUGGUGUCUGUGUUACAAAGCAAAGCAUGCUUCAUCUGUUGAGAAGAGUGAGGGCAUCUGAAGAAGUAACCAGGACUCCCUCUGCAGGUGAAGACCACAACUACGACUCAGUAGCGCCAAGAAGAUCCACAGAAAAUACUGACAGACAGCAGGAGGACCCAGAGCCUACAGCGACUGAGAAGCAGCAGGAACCAAGGACCAGUCUGGGGGAAGAGCAGCUUCCAGACUCUGGAACGACAGAGUCCACAACAGUCACAUGCACUCCUCUCUUUCGGAGCAAAAACCAUGGUCAGGGCCCAUCCAAAUGCCAGGCCAAGCCCAAACCUCUGCCCAAACCCCAGCCUCAGCCCCAACAUCAGGCCCAGCCUCAGCCCCAACAUCAGGCCCAGCCUCAGCCCCAACAUCAGGCCCAGCCUCAGCCCCAACAUCAGGCCCAGCCUCAGCCCCAACAUCAGGCCCAGCCCAAGCCUCAGCCCAAACCCCAGCCCUUCCCCACAACCUUUCUCCUGGCCCAACCCUUCCAAACAUCACAGAACCAAACUGUUAUGUUGUCUAAACAGAAUGCCCCCCUGAUGAUAUUUACACUUCCCUAUGUGCAAAGCCCUGCAGCUCAAAGUGAGGAAGUCAAAGGUGUGGAAAGCACUACGUUGCACAACUACAACGUUCCUUGUUCUUGCCAGGUGUGUGGGCAAUCAUUUGACUUCACGCGUCAUUUGAUAAGACAUGUUCAGAUGCACUUAGCGGAGCGAAACCGUUUGUGUGGUUUGUGUGGGAAGGUCCUUGGGCCUGCAGAGAACAUGGCGGUUCACCUGCAAACUCACAGUCUAAUGAAAACGUUUUGUCAUAUUUGUGGCAAAUGUUUCCCUAAGAAUUCUGAGCUGAAAUAUCAUAUAAGUAUUUAUCACUAUGUGGAGAAGCCACAUCUGUGCGAAGUGUGUGGCAAAACCUUCAGACAUGGCAAGGCCCUUAAAGAGCAUCAUACGUCCUUUCACAUAGAGGGACGAGAUAAGCCAUAUAAAUGCCAUUUGUGCAGAAAAGGCUUCUCGGGAGAAAGACAAGUUAAACUCCACCAGUUAACUCACACUGGAGAGAAACCGUUUCAGUGUGAAGAUUGUGGCAUGUGCUUCAGGGAGAAGAAUACUCUUAAAGGGCACAUGAGGACUCACACAGGAGAGAAACCGUAUAAGUGCAGAGAGUGUGGAAAAUGCUUUAGAUUGUUAGGUGCUUUAAAAUGUCACCUACUAACUCACACUGGAGAGAAACCGUAUCGCUGCAACGUCUGUGGCAGAUGCUUCAGUCAGUCCUCAUCCCGCAAGACUCACAUGAAAACUCACAAAAUGGCUCACGCAGUAGAGCGUCCAGAGAGUGCAGAGAGACCACAGAGUCCAGAGAAUGCAGAGAGACCACAGAGUGCAGAGAGACCACAGAGUCCACAGAGUGCAGAGAGACCACAGAGUCCACAGAGUGCAGAGAGACCACAGAGUCCACAGAGUGCAGAGAGACCACAGAGUGCAGAGAGACCACAGAGUGCAGAGAGACCACAGAGUCCACAGAGUGCAGAAAAGGCUUUGUCGGAGUAGGAUCUCUAAAAUGCUGGUCCAAUGGAGAGACACCAUAGCUUAGAUCCCCCUCACAACACAUGUGAACAUUUACUGAAGGGAGAACCCACAACCUGCCUUAGAAGUUGGAAAAGUGGCCUGUUCUGCCACCUUUUUAGAAGACAAAGAAAUGCCUCUAAAGUCACUUCUCUUGUUUAAAUACAUUGUGAAUUAGCAGUUUGAAAACAUCGCUAAUGGACUUUGGAAUGUACUGUGGAAUGUUGGAAUGUUGGAGAGUCAGUCUGUCAUUUUCACAAAGAGGAGUCGACAGCAUGUGGUCAACUUGUCUGUCCCAAAUUGUUAUGAGACUGCUGACUGGUCCCAAAAAUGUGUUAGUCUCACAGUUACAGAUUGAUUCAUUUCUUUAUGUUUUGGUUAAAAAGUAUUGUGUAUUGUAGCUGCCAGAGGAUAACACAAUAAAAUAUUUUGUACUGUUUUUCAA